AUGUCUUCACUGGCGAAGCUCACGUCCCUAUCCACACAAACACUGUCUCUACUUCUCGAACGCCAGCGAUUACAGUCUCUCCCGUCGAAUGUAGGCUCGAAUACAUCGCUACAUAUUCCACAAAUCACACGCAACCUGCAGCAAUUGCGGACAGGCAUCCUGGAGGCGGAAGAGAAGGAGGGAUCCACUGAAGCUCUUAAAUUGCUCAGGAACCAGCACGAGCGGAUGAGAAGUAUGCUUGGGCCGGAUGGUGAAGUUGCGGGUGUGCAGAGAAUAGAAGAACCGGAGCUUCUGCACUCUAGCACAUCAUCCUCGUCGGCGUCGUCCUUCCCUUCACAAUCGCCGUCACCAUCCCUUGUACCCCCGCCGUUACCUCCCAAGACGAGCGAACCUGAGUAUGCCCCGUACACCGACGACCCAGAGGCCGGGUACACCUCCCAUGAGGUAGUACAGCAGCAGCAACGACAGUUGAUGGACGAGCAGGAUGUACAUCUCGACCACCUCUCGCACUCUAUCAACCGGCAGCGCGAUAUCUCGCUUCAAAUUAACGAGGAGCUCGACGUGCAUACGGGACUGUUAGAGGGCCUCGAUGUCGACUUGGAUAGAACGGAUAGUCGGAUGACUCGAGCAAGGCGGCGCCUUGGCCGUGUUGCAAAAGGGGCGAAGGACAAUGGCUCAACUGUGAUGAUAGGCUUGCUCAUCCUUGUGCUCCUCAUUCUGAUCAUUGUCUUCAAGACGUGA